AUGACGGCCAAACUUCGGCAACAUUCUCUUUCCAAUGUAAGUUAAUAAAUUCACCUUGGCCAUGUUCGUUGAUUAGUGAUCUCCCGACUGCUUUUUAUUUGUUAAAAAGGUCUCGCGAGAGCUGCCGGAGUAAUGUUACCGGAUGUUUCAGCUGGUGCAUGAUUGCAACGUGAAUUUGGCGGGUUUUCGGAGCGUCAUUCAGGGGAUUGGAACUCCUUCUGACAGCUCAAAUCUCAGGAAAGAAGUGGAUAUCAGCAUCAAGACUUGUAUGAAAACGUAUGAGGCGACUAAAAGUUGUGUGUUGCCUCAACUGAAACAUGAAGGUAAUAAAUAUAUUUUUAUCAGUUUGGUUUUGUUUUAGGUACCGAAUUUAACAAAUAUGCUUCGCAGUUCAUUGGCUGUGUUUCUGCUUGUGUCAACGAAAUGAAAAGAUGCGAAGCGUUAGAGAAAACAUUCCCUCAAGCGGACGGACCUUCCUCUCCACUCGCCACACCUUAUAUCCCAGAGUUGGAGGAGAUUCUGGAAAGUCUCGAGAAUCUGAUCACAGUCCAUUAUUCAACCAGUGAAUCGUCCCCCGACACAAAAGUAACGCCUCGCCGACGACGAGGCGGUACCUGCCGUCCACAAUGCAUGUGUUCUAAGCUUAAGACGAGCUACGCAUAA